AUGUCUACAAUGUAUGAUGGAUAGUAACUUUAAGAUAAUAAAUGUCAUUAAGUUUGUGGAGAUGGAAUAAUUGUUAUUAAUUCAAUAGAGGUAUGUAAUGAUGGAAAUUAUAAUGAUGGUGAUGAUUGCUAUUAAUGUUAAUUUGAAUGUAUACCCUAUUGUUUCUUAUGUUCAGAUUAAUCAAUUUGUUUAACAUGCAUACAAUUUUUCAUUUAUUAAAUGAUUAAUGCCUUACAAAAUGUGGAGAUGGUAUUUUAAUAACUGGUUUAGAAGAGUGUGAAGAUGAUAAUGAUCAACCUUAUGAUGGAUGUUAUUAAUGUAAAUUCUCAUGUUUAGAUUUAUCAUAUGUAUUAGAAAUUAAAUUUUUCAAUUCACUAGAUUCUUAACCAAUUUUAAAGGUUUCAUUAUUCGGUGAUAUAAUCGAUAUUCACUAUUUUUAAGCUUUUAAGAGUGAACAGAAGAUUGCACUUUAACCCCCAAGAAUAUUAUCUGAAUCAUAGAUAUAAACAGCAAUUAAUCUUAAAAAUUUUAAUUUUUGGAUAUUGA